AGUGAGGUUGUUUUUGGACUUUCCAUUGGCUCAAAUCUCCUUCUACUUUCUCUUUACGCGCCAUUGAGCACUCUUUCUUGAUCUCUAUCAAGAAUUGAUAGAAACUUAACAAUGUCGAUCAGCCUUCUUCUGCCUCUCCUCUUACUUCUUUUAUCCACCUUUUUUCCUCGUUCAAGAAAUCUUGCAGUCCCUCAAGAACUCAAGAACUUAUCUCAAAACCUCAUUACCUAUAACACCCCCGCUAUAUCACCUUCUUCUUCUUCUUUAGUUGUUUCCUUUUCAAUCUCUCCAUCUCCAACACCAACAACCUUACCAGUCAAUCCUCCUUUAGUGCCUGCUUUCUUUAUUUUCGGUGACUCUUCUGUUGAUUGUGGCACCAACAAUUAUCUCGGUACUUUUGCUCGUGCUGACCAUAGUCCUUAUGGUAGAGAUUUUGAUACUCAUAAGCCAACUGGAAGGUUCUGUAAUGGAAGAAUCCCUGUUGAUUAUCUUGCAUUGCGCCUUGGGCUUCCCUUUGUACCAAGUUAUCUUGGGCAGAUGGGAACUGUCGAAGAUAUGAUUAAAGGGGUGAAUUAUGCAUCUGCUGGUGCUGGAGUUAUAUUCUCGAGCGGAUCAGAAUUGGGUCAGCGAAUCUCCUUCACGCAGCAAAUUCAGCAGUUCUCGGAUACUUUACAGUCAUUUAUUUUGAACAUGGGAGAGGCUGCUGCAAAUGAGCUCAUCUCGAACUCAGUCUUUUAUAUUUCCAUUGGAGUCAAUGAUUACAUACAUUACUAUUUGCGUAACGCAUCCAAUAUACAAAACCUGUACCUACCAUGGAGCUUCAACCAGUUCGUAGCAGCUUCAAUAAGGCAGGAAAUAAAGAACUUGUACAAUAUGAAUGUCAGGAGAGUAAUUCUCAUGGGGCUGCCACCUAUUGGCUGUGCUCCUUACUAUUUGUGGAGGUACAACAGCAAGAAUGGGGAGUGCAUUGAGGAGAUAAAUGACAUCAUUCUAGAGUACAACUUUGUAAUGAGAUAUAUGAUCGAGGAGCUAGGUCUGAAACUUCCCGAUGCCAAAAUCACCUUCUGUGAUAUGUAUGAAGGUUCAAUGGAUAUAAUUAAGAACCACGAACUUUACGGUUUUAAUGUCACUACUGACGCUUGCUGUGGGUUAGGAAAGUAUAAGGGUUGGAUCAUGUGCUUGGCAUCGGAAAUUGCUUGCAGCAAUGCAACCAACCAUAUCUGGUGGGACCAAUACCAUCCAACUGAUGCAGUGAAUGCCAUCUUGGCAGACAAUGUAUGGAAUGGUUUGCACACAAAAAUGUGCUACCCCAUGAACUUGGAGGACAUGGUUGCUCCUAGAACCAAAUAAUCAGAGGCAGAAGUUAACAGUUGUUGAAUUUUGUGGUCUACUGAUCGAGCGUUUAGUCCUGGUAUUUUCUGUGAUGCUUAUGCCCUGUGAACCUAUAACUGACAAGAACGUUGUGUAAUAUUCAUGUAGAUGAAGUACAGACUAGAAUAAUGUGUAACAUACAUGUACAUGAGGAGCUGAGAUUGUGGAAUGUAGGUAGUACAGAUGUGAUAUUACUUAGAAA